AAUUCAUCAUCCACAUCGACUUCCCUUUCAAGGAGAAGACGUUCGGACUGAGCUAAAAUGUUUGAGGAGAAGCUUCUGGUUGGUAUUGCCUCUUUGGCAUCUACUAUUGCCAUUUUGACAUGUGUUGUUGUCAUUCCAGGACUCUACUCUACUAUUAAUGAGAUGCAUGACGAGGUUCUUGAUGGUGUGAAGAUGUUCCGCGCCGACACUGAUGCUGCCUGGGUUGAGAUGCUCGAUGUUCAAGUCAUGGUCUCCCCACCAUCUCAGCCAAAGGAAAAUCCAUUCAACUCCGUCUUCCGCCAAAAACGUCGUUCAACUUUCUCAGGUCUCCCAGCUUGGUGCCAAUGUGAGCCAACAAAGCCAAAAUGUCCACGAGGACCACCAGGACCACCAGGGCAUCCAGGACAGAGAGGAAUUCCAGGAAUUCCAGGACGCAAUGGACAAGAUAAUUAUAACACAAUUCGUGCUCCCGCCUGUCCACCGCGUAAUCAAGACUGUAUUAAAUGCCCGGCCGGACCACCAGGACCAUCCGGUACAUGCGGACAGGUUGGAAGACCGGGUCCAGACGGACGUCCAGGACAACCAGGAAGACGAGGAAAUGAUGGAAGACCAGGACAACCAGGACCACAAGGAAAUGCUGGACAACCAGGAAGAGAUGGAAAUCCAGGACAACCAGGACAUCCAGGAAAGGAUGGGCGUCGCGGACACGGAUCUCCAGGAGCACCAGGAAGAGCUGGACAACCAGGACGUCAAGGAGCACCUGGAAACCCAGGAAGACCAGGAGAGAGAGGACCAAGUGGACCAUGUGGACCAGCUGGAAGAUCAGGUCAACCAGGAAACCGAGGAUCCGAUGGUCAUCCAGGAGCUCCAGGAAAUCCAGGUCUUCAAGGAUCUGAUGCUGCCUAUUGCGCUUGUCCAACUCGUUCAGUCAUGUUUCUCAAGCGACACUAGAUAUUAUUAACUUCUUCAAUCAAUUUUCUGCAAUAAUAAGAAAUUCAGACAAUGCUCUGAUCAUAAUAAGAACAAAAAUAAAAUGUUUUAUUU